AUGGAAAUGACGGACGCAAGUAGACGCGUUCAGUCCACGCUGCACCAGUGUCUAGAUAAGGACCCAUCGCGCUUAACGACAUUUCCGGUACCUGGUUUCUCAGCCUCUACAUAUGAGGCGCCGGACGAUGUUACAGAAGACACAAACGCCUUGAAGUCCGUAGCUGCAUCACUAAUCAAGAUAGGGCCAUCGCUUACAACGGUCAGCAACCAGUACUGGAUGCCGGAUCACCUCUGUAAGGUAUGCUACGACUGUUCUGCUGCGUUUUCACUAUUCCGGCGACGUCACCACUGCCGCCUGUGCGGACAAAUUUUCUGCCAUGAAUGCAGCGCCUCAUUUAUAGACGGUACACCUCACGGAUUCCCAGGUGCCAUUCGAGUGUGUAAGUUUUGCGUCCAACUUAACGACGCUGCUAGCGGUAAGGCGAAACUGAGAGAAAAUGGUCACAUAGCUGAUGGCAUAAGUGACCACGAGAUAGCAGAAAAGGUCAUCCUUCAUCGUUUUGACGACUCAUCCUGCCGACUGAGUGGUGACUACAGCUGUGUAAAGCCGUCACCUUUCGUGUUUGGCCCACCGGUUGAUCCGAACGAGGUACGGAUGCCAUUGAUGUCACUCGUCAAUUCGGAUCCAAGUGAUCCCACAAGAAUAGACCAACAAAUGGACCCGAGAAGCCGUACAACAGCAACCGCCGACUUGUUCGAAGGACCUGAUACUCUAGGCGCGCAGGAGCAGUUCCAUUCAGGAAUUCAAAGUAGGAGAAGGCGUUUCAGCGUGGAACUGCUGAGUGCAGUCGAGAGCAGAGGAUUGGACGCUAAAGUACCUUUCCACGAGUGGCCGAAUAAAGCAAUACCUGAACCUGAUGUUCUAACGGCACCUGAAGAGACUCAGCAAGAACUCGGUACAAAAAAAAGCGACAAAUUCUCCAGACAGCGGGACAUCGCCUUGGAUGCAAACAUGCACAGGGCCUACGAUCGGAUUCAUGAUGGCAUCAUGCAUUCAACUUCAUUGGUGUGGAAUAACUUGUCGGAGUUUGAAUCAAUUGAACUAAAUGCUUUGGUGGAGACCUUGAAAGAUAUGGCAUUUAUUGUGACGGGUCACAUGCUUUAUAGCAUGAAGUUCCGUUCGGUACGUGGCUUCAACUACGCCAGCCUUGUAAAAGUGAAAAGCAUUGCAAAAACUGCGAGUAUGUUGGACAAGAUGAAUCCAAGUUACGAUUUUAAGUGGCUGGCUGGAACUGUGUGUCACAAGCAUCUGAGUCAUAAGCAAAUGGCGCGCGAAGUCACCAAUCCUCGUAUCUUAUUGUUUGCCUGUGGGAUCAGCUAUGACCGGUCAAAUAGCGCUGGACGUAUGAGCUCCUUGGAUACGCUGUUAGAGCAAGAAAAAGGUUACAUGGCCAUUUUGGUGGAAAAGAUAUCGGCGCUGGAGCCAGACGUAAUUUUUGUAGAAAACGCUGUGUCCAGGCACGCUCAAGAGCUGCUAUAUGAACGCCGCAUAUCGAUUGUUCUCAACGUUAAAAAGGAAAUACUUCAUCGGAUCGCUCGCCAUACUGGAGCUGAGGUUCUGACUUCUGUGGAUCAUGUGGACAGGGUCGAACCAGAAAAGGCCAUCGGUAGCUGCCGGUCCUUUACAGUGAAGUCAGUCCCAAAAGUUUUGGACGAGGGAAGAGCAACAAAGACGUUGCAUACGCUUGCUGGCGUGGUUACGAAAACAGCUGCGGCAUCUAAUCGUCUGCAAACGGACACAUACCUGUACGUCGAUGGAUGUGACCCGCUGAACGGUUGCACAGUGCUGAUAACUGGUCCCUCAAAACAGGCUUCGCGCCUGCUGAAGCGUCUUACUCGUGAUGCGCUGUCAAUGACAUACCACCUGCUAUUGGAAGCUCAUGUGCUAUCGGAUUUGGAGUUGAGUAAUAACACGCAAAUGCCAUGGAAGGGAGGUGCGGAACUUGUUAAUGCAGAGUGUGCUACUUGGUGCACGACGUCCACAUUACGUGUUCAUGACCCUGGAUCCUUGAACCCUCGUUAUCGUCAAUGCGUUGAAGCCAAGCACCUUCGCAUUCCAGCUUGCUCAGAUGACGAUAUGUCGUUCGGCAAUUUUCUUGAUCAAGAAUUGGCAGCCCUCUCACUGAAAUGCCAGAAUGUUAAGUGCAAUCGUUUGAUGGCGGAUCACGUUCACGUGUUUAGCUGUCGGACAGGAUCUAUAACGAUUUCGUUCGAAAAUCUGCCAGAAAAAAGCAAACCGCCAUUUUCAUUGACAAAAAUGAGCCACGGAAGUUCCAGUGAGGUGGUCGACGAAUCGUUUGGCUCAUUUGACGAGCUUUCACGUACGAUGAAUUCCAUCAGCCUGCCGCUGUUGAUGACACCUCGUUCCACUUUUCAUACAUCCAAAAGCGGCGACGAAGCUGAAAUAAAGGUGCAGAACGGGUGUCCAACAUUGACUUUCUCGCGCUGGUGUCGUGAGUGCAAUAGUGUGGUCACGCCUUUUGUGCCGCUGGCGAAGUACGUGUACAAAUACUCGUUUGCACGAUUAUUGGAAGUUCUGUUCUCGGAAGCGGAACAAUCGUUCCUACCUCUAUCAUCCAGCCCAACGUGCGCACACACCUCAAAGGAAUCACAUGUGCUUUUUUUCAAUAUUAACAAGUCUGUGGCACGCUUUGAUUUUUCGAAGCAAGUGUCGCUUCGUCUGGACCGCGCAAAUUUCAAGCACGACAACCGCACUCCUCAUGCCAAGCCACCAUUUGCUCAAUGCGGGCACGUGGUUGCGAAGAAGGAAGUGGUAUCUCGUCUUGAAACGCUGAAGAAGCUGCUAGACUUGCUAAUCAAUACCUUUAACGGGAAGGUUCAGGGAAUUAACCGAGCGGUAAAAGCGUUUGAGGACAACGACUUAGGUCGUCAUACGCGAAUCAUCCUCGAAGCUGUGUGCAUUUCUAAAAUUGUACGAAGCGGUGACGCAGUUUUCUCGCAUAGGUUGGCGCUAGUCGGUGGAAGUCUUGUGGACGCAUUGAGUGCUUGCGAUGCUUUCCAACGGGCACUGUAUUUGAUGGCAUGCAAAUGGAUUACCUGCAUGCUGUGCCUUCGUGACUCAAUUGAGAAAAACCUUACGAUGGAGGUGGCCUCUCUAUCGUCACACAGUAAGUCUUUUACGCCCGGAGAGUUUGCGCUUCUUUCUCCUACCCUUUUGUCACCUACCAGACUCCCACGAAUGGCAAAAGCAUUAACCCUGCCGCCCAGGACCAUAGAUACAGAGUUUGAUGGUGGUACAGGCGCUGACUUGCUAAUUCGUGGAAGGAGUACUGGAGCUCUAGAUUCUACGUCUGCGUCUGGAUCGAUCACAGACACACUGCUGCUAUCAUCUUCAUUAACUUUUGCGACAUUUGAAACGUCGAUGAGAUCAACGGUACUUUUACCAGAUGCUUCUACCAAUGAAGAAGAGGAAGAAGAGGAUGGAUGGAAAAAGGCUUUGUGGGAUCUCCACCGCGUUCUCGGUCAAACUGAACCAGGAAGUGAAUUUAGUAUUGACUUUCCUGAAGCACUCACUGCCGGCCACCCGAGCCUCCCGAAUCGGUCCAAGUCUCUAGUAGUACUUGUCGAUGAGGUGAAACCCAUUACGAACGUCGCAUAUGCUUUAUCAACUACUUCGUAUCAAGAAGAGCUGGACGGGUGGAAUAUACGCAUGCAUGGGGAAACGGUUGGGUCAGUUGCUGCGCACAAACAACAAGAAAUGGAUGCUGCAAGCGCAACGUCCAUGAACGUGUCUCGAGCGGCGCUCGAAGCGCCGUUGAACGCGCCAUUUAAAUUCGAAGCAGAAGAAAUGCCAUUACACAUGUCGCUCUUCUCCGGCAAGAUGUCGUCGACACAGUUGAACACUCGCUGGGAAUUCUCAACGAUUGUACACUACCCACUCCAAUUUCAGGUUCUUCGAGAAUUAUUUUAUGGGAAUCACCCGGGCUAUGUAUUCUCGAUAGCACACGUGGCAAGCUGGGAUGCGAAGGGAGGUAAAUCCGGUGCCUCGUUCUACCGAACACUGGAUGGCCGCUUUGUUGUUAAGCACAUUUCAUCGAUUGAAAUGCAGAGCUUCCUGAACUGUCUACCUGAAUACUUCAAGUACGUGGCGAGUAUUUACUUCGACGGCCGAGCAAGCCUGUUGUCGAAAACCGUCGGGCUCUACCAGACGACCAUAUCCCGCAAAGAUACCGGCGAGAAAGCGGUGUACUACAUCUGUGUCAUGGAAAACAUUUUCUACCAAAAGCAGCUUACACAGGUCUUUGAUCUCAAAGGGAGCGCUCGGAAUCGAUUUGCUAAGCCGCAACCAACCCCAGAAGAUUUCCAAAAUGGCAGUCGUGUCCUUCUUGAUGGCAACUUCUUGGAAGUUACAAGAGGUCGUCCAGUAGCGGUACUCGCGGAGGAUCAUCGGUAUAUCUCAGAAGCAGUGCAGAAUGAUACUGCUUUUCUUAACUCCAUCCGAAUCGUGGACUACUCGAUGGUUGUGGGUCUAGGACAUCGACUCGACGAUACAGGAGAGGAGAAAAAUCUGUCUGACAUGACCGUCGGUAUCAUCGACUACUUCCGACAAUUCGAUCUGAUCAAGCGUGUCGAGAGUGUCGGAAAGUCUGUCAGUAUGAUUGCUGGACAAUCCUCUCCAACAAUCAUCGAGCCGAUUCUUUACGGAAAUCGAUUCCAAGCUGCAAUACGCCGGUACUUUAUGCCUGUAUCCCCAAUUUCGUCCGGCACCAACGACGAUAUCAAAGACUAG